AUGUCUGAUAUUUGGAGCAUUCUGCGAUGGUGGGAGGACUGGCAGCUGCGCAUCCUCGUCCUCGGCAGCCUGGGCAUCCAGUGGUUUCUCCUGCUGGCUGCUCCCAUGCGCAAGUACUCAAUCCCGCGCGUCUUCAGGACAUUCAUCUGGCUGGCGUACAUCUCUAGCGAUGCUCUGGCGAUCUACGCGCUUGCCACCCUCUUCAAUCGCCACGCAAGGGCUAGCAACUGUGGUGGCAAUGUUGUCGCACAGCAGUCGAGCAUCCUGGAGGUUCUAUGGGCCCCUAUCCUCCUCAUCCACCUCGGCGGGCAGGAGGAAAUGACCGGCUACGAAAUCGAAGACAAUGAGCUGUGGACGAGGCACACCGUGACUUUGGUGUCCCAGGUCGCGGUUGCCUUGUACGCCUUCUGCACGUCGUGGCCCAGCUCCAGCGACUGGAAGCUGCUGGCGGCCGCGAUUCUUCUCUUCAUUGUCGGGGUCGCCAGCUUCAGCGAGAAGCCGUGGGCUCUCAACAGAGCUAAAAUUGAGAGACUGGCGGCUGUAUCGGCCUGGGUGCAAGGAACAAAGAAGCGUUCAAAAUGGAGGGAGCGCGUGAACCAGUUCUUCUUGUUCGAGGAGAGCAACUGCUUCACUGGGAGUGGGACUGGGAUGCCACAAACUGGUGGGGAGGAGGGCAGUAGAAAUCAGGUGGCCAUGUCCUGGCUUUCCUCCUGUGGCGGGAAGAAGGAGGAGGACAGCAAGAAUCAGCUGCAAAAAUCACCGGUGGUGGCCUUGACGGAGGCAGACAAAGUCCUAAUGGUACUUUCGGACAUGUCACUUCUAGCUGCUGCCAAGGACCUGGUAGCACGAAACAGAGCUGGCAAGGUGGAGGAUGUUCUGCCACCUCUGCCCGUCGCUGAGAAAGCCUUGCCGCGCUGGCUGCGCAGUGCAUUCGCCUUCAUCUACACCAGAGCUACUGUGGUUGUCACUCCUCUCUACCUGAUUUAUCAUCUGUUGGUGGUCCCGAUCCUGCACAUCGCUGCCCUGACGCUAUUUGCAACGAGCGACAAGCACCCGUACAAGCGCGCCGACGUGAAGAUAACAUACAUCAUUCUGUGCCUCACCGCCGUGCUGGAUAUCCUCGCGGUGUUCAUCCGCCAGCUGCUAUACCGGCUCAUGUACAUGACACAAGUUCCAGCGCUAUGCGAGACGGUGCCCGGCUAUAACCUCAUAGAAGCCGCUCUUCGGGAAGGUGACAAGAGCAUCGGGUGGAUGUACAUGUGUGCCAGGCGCAUGGGCUUCAACUGCUGGAAGGUGGGAUCUCCUUUUUCCAGGCCUAAACCUAGUGAACUGUCCAAAAAUGUCGCACAAACUGUGAUUACAGAUCUGGUGGAUGCACGAGACCGAGACCUUGCCAGUUACAGGAUCUUUGAAUCCAAAAGGCCCGGCAGCAACUGGGCUCUAAGCAGGGAGCUGCAAGAUCACUGUGGCGUCGAGACAAGAAAAAGCUUGCUCGUCUCAUUCGACCGGAGCGUCCUCCUAUGGCACAUCGCCACCGAUCUUUGCUACCGCUGCUGCGGUGACGUUGACUCCUUCGUCAAUGAUGGUGGUGAAGAAGAAGAAGGAGAAGAAGAAAAAGUGGGAGGAGGACCAAAAGAAGGAGGAGUUGAACAACAAGAAGAGCAACAAAGACAGAGGAGGAGGCGCCCAGCAUUACAGCUUUAUAUGAAGUGCACAGUUGCAAUAUCCAACUACAUGGCGCACCUGCUGAAUUCCAACCCCCAGAUGCUGCUGACCGGCAGCAGGCACCAUUUGGUCUCCGAAGCCAUGAAGGAAGUCAAAUCCUCCUCCUUUUUGUCCAACAAGGAUAAGUUGAAGCAAAAAAAGGAAUUUAAGGACCUCAUUGACGAAGACAUGCUGCACAAGCCGAGAGGUGACCAUGAAGUUUUCCACAUCACAGAGGCAUACAAGCUUGCGAAAGAGUUGCUGGAGAUGCCGGACCCUUACAAGCGUUGGAUGCUGAUGUACCGGGUGUGGCUGGGCAUGCUCUGCUACUCCGCCAGCAUGUGCAGGGGUUACCUGCACGCCAAGAGCCUGGGUGAAGGUGAAGAGUUCCUCUCUUUCGUCUGGCUCGUGCUCGCGCUCAAGGGGGCCAAGAGCUUGGCCGACAAGCUUCAGAUGCCGCCGGAGACUCGAGCUACUGAUGAUGCCGAAUCAAAAGUGCGAGAUCAGGAAGGAUUGGAAGUCGAGGUUCAGAGUGUGGUUGAUUUGUUGAUGGAUUGAUUUACAGUAGGUUUGUGGUCGAUUGAUUUACUUGUUUGUUUUCUUUGCUAUCUAAAUUACCUACGUCUGUGGACUCUGGUAGUACGUCGUUUCAUACCUGUUCGCUUGUUUGUCUGAUGCAUUUGUCCUUGCUUCUGUAUGUGUGUUAGUCCCUCCGUUGUCC